AUGAACAUUGUCGAUACAAUGCUAAAAUGAGUCGAGGUGUUCGUAAUGAAAGCGUUUUUUUGCGGAUUAUCAAGGUGGAACAAGGACUUGAAGGUUGACGGAAUAUGCAACAUUAAUCCUUGCAGCAUUUGGAUACGUAAUGGCAACGCGCGGCGGAUGGACAUAUGACGGUUUCUCUAAUGCAGUGGAUAAUUUGUAUUACUAAACGGCUAUUUGUUUACUAUUUUGCUUACCUAUUAUUUCAUGGAACGUUUUAAAAUUGAAGACCGGAAAGACCAUGGUUCUGAAACUUGUGUUGUUUCUUGUCUUAGCUGGAAACCGUCUCACUCUAGUUUCAACUGGGACUACCACUCCAACCAAAAAGACAGCAGUGAAGAACAACUCAGGGGUCACACCUGCGGGUCUUUGUGGCACUUGGGUGAAGGAGUCACAAGGAGGUCUCUUCACUUCCCCCAACUACCCCGAGAAGUACCCACCGGAGAGAGAGUGUAUUUACAUCAUAGAGGCUUCACCAAGACAGUGCAUUAACCUCUUCUUCGAUGAGAAUUUUUCCAUUGAACCUUCAUGGGAGUGCAAAUUUGACCACAUUGAAAUCCGGGAUGGGCCUUUCGGAUUCUCUCAAAGCAUUGGUCGGUACUGUGGCAAGGAAAGCCCUUCCUACGUCAAGUCGACUGGCCGAUAUCUCUACAUCAAGUUUGUGGCAGAUUCGGAGCUGGAAUCCACUGGGUUUUCUGUACGGUACAAUUUCACUGAAGAUCCUGAAUUCAAAGAUCUUGGUGACCUCCCACCUCUGCCUUUUUGUGAGUUUGAUAUGGGAGGGCCCGAGGGCUAUGCUGAAUCGGCCAUGAUAUCUAAGGAGAGUAAGGCCUUGCCGACAGAGGCCGUGGACUGUAGGUGGAUCAUCAGAGCUCCACCACGUUCCAAGAUCUAUCUUCGCUUCCUCGAGUAUGAGAUGCACAACUCCAACGAGUGCAAGCGCAACUUUGUGGCUGUGUAUGAUGGCAGCAGCUCAGUGGAGCACCUGAAGAAUAAGUUCUGCUCCACCGUGGCCAACGAUGUGAUGCUGGUGUCAUCCGUGGGCGUGAUCAGAAUGUGGGCGGACCAGGGCAGCAGAAAGAGCCGCUUCCGAAUCCUCUUCACCACCUUCCAAGAGCCCCCAUGUGAUGGAGACACAUUCUUUUGCCACAGUAACAUGUGCAUUAACAACACACUGGUGUGCAAUGGUAUCCAGAACUGCGUCUAUCCCUGGGAUGAGAACAACUGCAAAGAAAAGCGUAAAGCGAGCAUCUUGGACAACCUGGACCACACCAACGUGGCCAUCAUCGCCGUGACCUGCGGCCUGGUGCUCAUCCUCCUCAUCAUCUCCGGAAUCAUCCAAGCCAAACAGCCGCGCAAGAAAUACAUCAUCCGCCGGGACGGUUUCGACCCCAGCAUGUUCCAGCAGGCCUUCGAACCCCCGCACUACGAGCUGUGCACCCUCCGCCGGGCGCCGUCUCAGAGCGACGUGACCGACCAGAUGCCCGAAGACUUCGACAAGUUCAACAAGAUCCGUCGCUCCUCGUCCAAGUGUAUCCGCGACCACCACUGCGGCUCGCAGACAUCCAGCAUCCGCGGGAGCCGCAGCGACCUCAGCGUGCGCGAAACAGGCAGCCUAGCGGAGGCCGCGGCCGUGGCGGCCCAGUCGCCUCACUCGCACCACGCCACGCCCACCAGCCGCAGGAGUAUCCGGGUGCUGAAACACAGCUACUCCCAGGAUGGGGGUGACCCCGAUGAGGAUCUGAUGGAGGACGGGCCCACCACGAGCCAUGUGCUCCACCACCACCACAGCCUGGCCGGACAUGAGCACCAGUACCCUCACCGGGACUUACACCGUGUCACAUCCAACGACUUCUGAGGUAGGAGGAGGACGUUAUCACUAGAUAGUGAACCUAAAGAUAGUGCUUGCAAGAGCAUGAGCUUAUCUGGGAGAUUUAGUUGUAGAAGGAUAUUGCAUGGCCAUCCAUGGGGUUUUCCUUGCGUGUUGUAUGUUUCCUUUAUGUUUUUCUUCUUAUUUGUCUUCUUAAUCUUUUUUUUUUUGCAUGUAGUUGGGGAAUAAGUUCUCUGAUUCAAACUACCAUGAUGAUAGAACCAUGAGUAGCAGACUUAUGUUUGAACAUUGUUGUGUAUUGUACAUGCAUCGAUGUUCCUCAUAUACUUGUAGGUUAUUGUAUGUUGUAUACACAUUAUUUAUUAUUUAUAUUGUGUCCAUUCUUGUACCUGCUUUUCAUUGUUAAGUUGUAUAC